CAACACAUCAAAUGCAGGUACCGUUAUUUUUUUCUGGUAUUAUUUGCGUAUGUUCAAAAUAUAUUUUUUUGGAAUCGAAUUUCUUUUGUGCGUUUGUAGUUUUUCAAAAAACAAUCUCAAGAUCUACAAGCUCUGGUAGUCAAAUAUUGGCAAGAGAACAAAAUUACUCUCGAAAUAGACAACAUUUUCAAAAACCCACAUACUAUUUUUCAGUACAUUAUUGCUAAAUUCAAAAAGGCUGAUGGAGUUGAAAGACUUGAUGGUAGUGGAACGCCCAAAAAAAUUUGCCCACCCCAGGCUGAAAGUAAAGUGUCAAAGAACAGCCCAAAUUAUCCGAUGUCUCUAACGCCAAGAGGUUGGAAGAAGGCUAAGCGCUUAAAGUUAAAAAGUUAAAUAAGACUGUCAGCAUGGACGAGGCUCCAUUGUGUGGUGUGUGGUGCAAUGGAAGCAAGAGAAGUGCAGUAACCUUGUGUUUGUCAAAGGAAUUAUGUAAAGAAUGGACUACUUGGCAAUAUCAAAAAUCCAUUUGACUCCAUCAGCUUUUUAAUUGUUUGGAGAAAACUGAAUUUUUUAAAAUAUACUUCAAUUAAUUUAAUAGUCAAAAAUCAAAUCAAAAGUUUUAAUAGUUUAGAAGUUAAGUCACUUCAAUGUAAAACCAGGGAGAUGGUACAAGUACUGGGUACAAGUUUUUUUUUGGUUCACUGUAUGUACAUACAGUAGUUCGAAAUUUUGAUUUGGUUCUCAGUUCACCAAAACUUCAGAACUCUUCUAAACAACAUUUAAGUUUCAGCAGCCUUAUCUCGGUAUAUCUUAAAGCACUCGACUCUGUCAGUCAAACAGCCAAUCUACCUAUUGCUUCAAUAAUGUAUGUAUAUGAACGUAUCCGUCUCUAAACGUCGAACCAACUGCGAACUGAUAACAAAGCAGAUAGAUUAAUUAGCUUGCAGCGUGGUCACAAUCUCAACGGACGUUUAGCAAUACGCAAAGACCGCAAAUAAUAGCCAACGCUUGAGAAGAGUGCAGUUGAAUGAAAAGUUACUGGCGCGUAGUUAAAUUAAAUUAAAUUUCGUACUUAGAAUAAAAAUGCUAGGGUUUAAGAAACUUCAAUGGCCUCUCGGUAUUAUUUGCAUUAUCGGCGCUAUAUUCGCUUAUAGACGAAUAAACUCGGUGUUUGAAACUGAGGUCCCAAAGGUAACGCUACAUCAAUGGUGGGGGGAUGGCCCGGAACCGAAAGACUGGGCUGCAUAUGUGAAGAAUUCAUCGGAGGUGCUUAGUAAUAGACUCAUAUUCCCAGAUUCGACCAUUGACGAUCUGCGGCAGAGAUUGAAUCGCACAUUACAUCUGACUGAGUCAAUGAGUCCAGAUUUUAGAAAUGGUUUCAACACUAAGGAAUUACUGAAAAUCGUCGAUUAUUGGCGUGAUAACUAUAUGCCACGUUGGCGCGAACGUGAAGUGUUCAUGUGGCAGUUCAACCAUUUUACAACCGAAAUUCAGGGCCUACGUAUGCAUUUUUUACAUUUAAUGGUUUAUGAUGAGAACAAGGUUGGCAAACACCAUUACCCUGUACUUUUGCUACAUGGAUGGCCCAGCUCAAUACGGGAAUUUUACCCGCUCAUGCACAAGCUCCAGCAAACGCAUUUCGAUAAAACGAACCCAUACAUAUUCGAUGUGGUAGUGCCGAGUAUACCGGGUUUCGCUUGGUCGCAGGGUACUUCGAGGGAAGGUCUGGGACCAGUUCAAAUUGCCGUCAUUAUGCGCAACUUGAUGCUUCGCUUGGGUUAUAAGAAAUUCUUUAUACAAGGCGGUGAUUUCGGAUCGGUAAUCGGCUCACAUAUGGCAACACUGUUUCCAGAAAAUAUACUUGGAUAUCAUUCAAAUUUAUGUGCUGUAUUCACGGUUAGAUCGGUUAUAAAGGGAAUACUAAAUGCCAUAAAGCCAAAAUUUUUCUUUCGCCAUGGCUUUGAGGAGAUGUUCCCACAUUGGGAGGUAAUAAAACGUUUAAUUGAAGAAACUGGAUACUAUCAUCUACAAGCAACAAAACCGGAUACAAUUGGCGCUGUGCUCUCUGACAAUCCCGUCGGUUUAGCCGCUUACAUUUUGGAAAAGUGGUCUUCUUUGACGAAUAGGUAUUAUAAAGAUAGCUCCAAUGGUGGUCUGCGUAAAAGCUUCAAGUUGGAUGCGCUCCUGGAUAAUGUAAUGAUCUAUUACUUGACUAAUUCCAUAACGACCUCUUCACGUAUAUUCGCCGAACAUCAUUCCUCUGAGCAACGCGAACUGCAUAUGGCUAGUGUUCCGACGGACGUGCCGACGGGUUGCGCACGCUUCAAACACGAUUUGAUACACUUUCAUGACAACCAACUAAAGGAUAAAUAUCGAAAUUUAAUUCACAGCACAUACUAUAAAGAUGGUGGUCACUUUAUUGCUUUAGAAAUGCCCAAAUUGUUGUAUGCAGACUUUAUAGAAUUUGUAAAGAAGGUGGAGAAGUUUAGUAAGCUAUAAGAAAGCCUUGUUAAAAUUUAAAAUAUUUUCGUUCUAAAGUUGGUGUGGCAUAUCACUACUUAAAUAAAAUAUUAGACGAAUUCUAAAUUUAAAUUUAAAAAAAAAAUUUUUAGAAUCUGCCAUGCUAAAGUCGAAAGAUAAAUAAAAGAGAACACACGAGGAUUUAUAUAUAGUAUAUAUUUAGAAGAAUUUACUAUUGAUGCUCUUAUUGACUACGUCAAUAAAAAUUACAACAAAAUCGUUUUCGCAAAAAUAAAAAAUUGAAGUCAAAAA